CCCUCUCAAUCGUCUGACCGAACAUAUUGCCGUCACGUCGCCGUCACUGCGCGCGCCGUGUGCCGACUUGCUCUUGGCCGUGUCACCGUUGCCGUCGUUGUCGUACAACCGUCGUCGUCGUCGUCUGGUCGCCGCGCGCGCUUUUUAUACCGCUCUUGGCGAGUGUUUACCUGUGGUUAUAAAAUACCCGAGUGAUAAUAAUAAUAAUAAUAUUAUACCUGUGUGAUAAUAUUUUAAAAAUACACAAAUAGAUAUUAUUAUUUUAAUAGUAUAGUAUAAUAAUAUAAUAUAAUAGUAUAACAAUAUCACACCGAUAUUAUUUUACGUUAUUAUUAUUAUUAUUUUUCGUCGUCGUUGUUGUUGUUGUUUUUGUCGUGGUCGUCGUCUGUAUAGUUGUUUUUGCGUUUCGUCGUCGGUUUAUUAUCUUUCGGAAUUUUAUCGAAAUUUUGACGGCCGAGUCGCGAAGUAGGUACCCGCGCCACACGCAAAAACAAUCAAAAAAAAAAAUAAACGAUUUCGCGCGCACACAAACGGUUUCCGCGAUUGAGUGCCCCCCCUCCCCCAACGACAUUAUAAUAUUAUAUUAUAUAAAAAAAAGUUAUUCGUGUCGAGUUAUUAUUUAAUUUUUCGAUUAGAUUUAAUUUCUUCUACGUUUAACCGUUUUUUUUUAUCCGUCGAUCGUGCCCAUAUAUGACGCAUAGGUUUGACCGUGCGGCGAAAGAAACCCUCUCGAAGACGACAAGUUUGUUCAUCGCACGAAAAACAUUAUUACGAACUUUUCGAAAAGCCGUUAGAUGUUUAAGCGUGCCGGUACCGUAUAAAAAACGCACUUACUUACCUUCACUGCAAGACAAUACUAUUAAAGUCUGGGACGUUCACAUCCCGCCUACAGUGUCGUUAUUUCCACGCAUCGUUUUAUUAUAAUAAUAUAUGAUGGACGCCUCUCUACUGGCAUCAGCCACCACAACGGCCGCCGCGCACACGAUCGCCGCGGCCACGUCGACUACCGUGGUGGCCACGAUGGCCCGCAGUGGCCAGCGCAAUGGCACGCACCGUGGAGCAGUCAACGUGCACGGCCGACUCAUGUACGACGAGAUCGUCAUCAAUGACGUUUGGAUCAACGCCAUCCUAUCCACGUUGGCUCUGUCAUGCGCCGCAUGCGUCUGUCUGUGCUUCUUGUACUGCAAAAUCCAACAGUGGAAACAUGGAAUUCAACGUAGGAGGAACGAGAAGAACUCGCGAAAGUAUGACGCCGACUCGCUGCCCAGCUACACGAUCGUCACGGGUCUGCCCACGUACGACGAGGCAGUGGAGCGCAUGAACGGUGGCCACAACCACGGCGGCACAUCGUCCGUCCGCGACAACAAGCCGCCAUCCAAGCACGUGUCCGUGUCCGUGGUGCACAUCAGGGACGACGUACCGACGCCACCGAAGCCCGACCCCAAGUUCGGGCUGGUGUCGCACAGCCUGUUCGUGCACGACGACGGGUGCAGCCACUGCCUGUCCGUCCAGGAGCUGUUGGAGACCUACAACGUGCGAUAGGCCUGCCGCACGUACGCCCGCCACCCCGCCCUCCACCCAACACACCCAACCCCAUCCACGCCAAUCGCGCCGCCCGAUGUAAUAAUUUAUUUUAAUAUGUUAUUAUUAUUGUUGCUGAUAGAAAAUGUCACGCGGUGUGACGUGUUAGACGCGUGACGUACACGCCCUGUAGUAGCCUACGAUUUCCCGCCCAUUUCUCGUCGAUUUUCAGUACAGUUCGCACGCCUAGAGCAUACAAGUGUAAUAUAUAUCAUAGGUAUAUAAAAUUUUUGUCAUGUCAUAUGUACCAUAUAUAGUCUAAAAGCCGUGUCCAGACCUGUAUAAAGCUGACGAUAUAUAUAUAAAGACGUAAGCCACUUGAGUGGCCACACCUACACUAUUGAGAUUGUUUCAUAAUAUUAUAUGCGAUUGUGUGCUCCGAGGACGUUUCUCUUUCCGUUGUGCGGUGCACUUUCGUCGAACGGAUCUUUUCCCUCCCAAUAACCAUCAUCAUAGACUGCUGCAGCGGUAUAGUUGCAGCACAUUGUCUUUGGCAGUGGUCGAUCCCACAUCGAUUCCACCGAACAGCCGAUAUUCCCAUUCGUAAAUGGGUAUUUCAACGAGAUUCUUGUCCGAUCGGUUACCGUUCGAAUUUAGCACUUCUGGACACCUCUACAGGUCAAGUCUGUUCGCAGCUAUAGUGAAAUUCCGUAUAGUCAAGCACGCUGAAUAUUUUCUUCGCAUCAUCUUAAAAAUAAAACAUUUAGCAUUUUUUUUUCCAUCAAAAUAUUGUGGUAGGUAUCUACAUUUAUAAAUUAUAUAUAGUUUAAAAUUAUUCGGCUCGUGGGGUGAGAGAAAAAAAUAGAUGCCAUAUGGGAAUUAAGUGAAUUAACCGAUACCCGCCGGGGAAACGAAUAAUAAUAAUAUGAUAGACAAAAAUACGAGGCAGAGGGUUCUGAUGAAUUUAAGUGCGCUGCGUCAGUUUAUUGCUCGAUUAAAGUUCAUGAUACGUAUAAAGUUUUUAUUUAUCAGUGGACUGUGUCGGUCGUGGACACUUUGGCUUUGUGAAUCAAUAUUCCUGGUUCAAAAUUAUGUCCAAACGUCAACAUCCCUGUUGGGAGUACUGGAGUAGGUAAUAUAUAUAAUUAUCAGUUAUUAUAAUAUGCGAAUAGAGGGAACCCCGUAAUGUAAUUUUUAAAACUUUAUUGCUUGUAAAAAUAUUUAAACAUUAACCUUUUUUUUAAAUAAAAUAUACUUUUGUUUUAUUGCUCCGGCACUAUAAUGCAGCUCGACACACAAAUUUACAUCAAAAUUCGUCAGAACCCUCUGCAACCACUCUUAGUAACGCCAUAGAUUUAGUCGGUAGUACAUGUAUUCGUGUUUCUCGUCGAAGGAUGUUAAAGCCAUUGUUUUUCAUUUUCAUAAACGGUGAAAAAAGUCUCAAUAGUACGGAACAUAUUAUCAAAGAAACAUAAUAGGUAAAUCAAAAAACAAUGUUAUCGAUGAGUUAUAAUUUAACAUAUUUUUAUUAUAAUAAUAUGUCACCAGAUACCGAACAUCAAAUAUAAUAUUAUUUAUAUUUCAUUUAAUGCCUUAAGUGCGUAUUUCUUCAGCGCGCCAGAUCCUAUAUAAAUUAAUGUAUAAUGCUUAGUGAUUUUUACGGUUACAAAAGGUAAUAUUAUAUUAAAAUAAAUAUAAGUUCGGAAAUGAUCGUUGUGCGUAUUUUCGCAGUUAACUUUAGUCACCUUAUUAGCGCACUUGCAGGCUGGUGGGGUGACAGUAUCUUAUCUCCACCUUCGUCCCCUUGUACACAAUAUACACUUUCCGCAUCACGAGAUAUUUACGCAUUACGAGAUUUCAACAAUCGUAUAACUUACAGGUAUUCACCCACCUGUGCACAAUUUUAGUCAAAAUUCUAGUUAAUAUUAUUGAAAAUCAAACGAAAUUGCCGACAAGCUUUUAUUUAAAAAAAAACUGUAGACAAUCGCACCCUUCCAAUAACACAACAACGCGCCGCCGCCGCCGUUAAUAAUAUACAUAAUAUUAUUAUUAUAUUUCACCGGAACGCGAACAUUUUUAUUUUCGUCGUCCAGACAACCCUUUUCUCUCACCCCAUACAUCAAAAAAAUUUAUACCGCGGAUACCUCUGUUACAUCAUAUUAUAGAGGGUCCGACGAAUUUAAUACACUAAAAUGUUUCACCCACACGCGCGCAAAACACGUAUAAUCACGUAAAAUCCUAUAUAUAUAGUAUAACAUAGUACUGCACCUUUGCACUCCUCAAAAAUCCUUUGUGCCAGAGACUUCCGCCACGCUUAUGACUUUGACUUUGUGUUUUUUGUUUUCUCUGUGCAUAUGAUAUCCGCGUAUAAAUUAUGGUGUACGACGUACUUGUUUAUCGAUCGCUCCUCCGAACGGACGAGACCCAUUCGAGACCAUAAACUUAUAUUAUUUUUCAAUAUAUUAUAAUACAUAGUCGCAAAAUAUCCCCACGGACACUAUGAGAUAAUGUCAUUCGAAAACGACUUUGGUCGUGCCGAACCAUUCGAGUCGGUUACAUCGCCUCUUAAUAAAACAAUUUUAUGCGUAUAGCUAGCUGGCGUUAUAGGUG